AUGACUUCAUUAACUUCUACAAAAUCAUCAAAGUCUACAAAUCUAAAAUUUGACGAAACAACUGAUUUUAAAUAUUUAUUUUCACAAUCUAACGAUGUUCAACCUUUCCUUCGUGCUAGUCUUUUUGAUAAUGUGCCUCCAACGAUACUCUUUUAUGUUAAGGGAACUAAAGUCAAAAAACCUCAUAAUUAUACUCAACAACUUACCUGGUGCAACAAUUCAUUAUUAGCUUUGGUUGUACGUCACAGUUUACUCGCAAGCCAUUUCAAAUUAGUCGAAGAGGAUCAAUUUUGGUUUGGAUAUUGGGGAAGACAUUUAAAAUCAGCCCAGUAUCAAACUUUAAAGCCUUGUCAAAAAGUCAAUCACUUCCCCGGCGCCUUCCAUCUUGGACGUAAAGACCGACUUUGGUUACACUUAUUUGACAUGAUGCAGCGCUUUCCAGAUGACGAAUUUUGCAUAAUGCCUUAUACUUAUAUUUUGCCUAAAGACAUUAAAAGGCUCAGGGUUUACUUGUCAAUGAAGGCUGCUGUUCGACACGUUAUUCUGAAACCUCCAGCUUCAGCUAGAGGAACAGGAAUUAACAUCGUUUCACGUGUUAGUAUGGUGCCUGAAAAAACUUCUUUGGUUGCCCAACAUUACAUUGAAAGCCCUUUUUUAAUAAAUGAUUCAAAAUUUGAUUUGAGAAUUUAUGUGUAUGUUACAAGUUAUGACCCUUUGCGUAUUUAUGUUUACAAGGAAGGAUUAGUUCGUUUUGCAAGUGUUUCUUACAACCCAGAAAUUUCUUCAUUUACAAAUCAAUUUAUGCAUUUAACAAAUUAUUCAAUAAAUAAAUUGGCUGUUUCUUCAAGUAGUUCAACACAAACAGAGGAUGGAGGGGAACAACAAUUUGUAGUUCCGAAAUGGAAAUUGACUCAAUUUUGGAAAUAUUUGGAUAAAUUGGGGCAUAAUUCAAACAAUUUAAAAGAGGAAAUACACAAAAUUGCUAUAAAGGCUAUUAUUUCUUGUGAAAGCCAUAUUAGAGCGCAUGCAGCUCAUCAUUGUAAAUAUCCGUUUAUCAGGAAAGUAACUAUUAUAGGACCCUUUUCCCACUCUCAUUUUUGGAUUUAA